AUGACACCGAAGACGAUCCUUUUUCCGCUGCGGAUCGAGCAGCCGGUCGCCGAGCUUGAAGCGGCCGUCGAUUUCUGUCGAAACAACGACGCCCAUUUGAGCGUGUUGCUCAUCGGCCUUGCGCCGCCGCCGCCGGUCGCAACCGACACGGUUGUCAUAUCGGACAAUUGGGCGGCGCAAUCCGAAGCCGCCAAGCAGGAACUGCACGAGCGCGGCAGCGAGAUCGAGCAACAUCUGGCCAAGGCCGGGAUCUCGGCGGAAAUCAAGCGAUGGCUGAUGAUGGAGCAUUCCAUUGAGGCGGGUACGGCCGAGCACGCCUUGUUUGCCGACGUGACGUUCCUGUCGCGGACAUUUCCGCAGGAGCGCGGUUUUGCGCGCCAGGUCGUUUCGGGCGUCGUGUUCGGAGCCGGCAGACCGAUCAUCGUUGCCGAUCCCGCACAGUUCGGCACGCUUUCGUGGGGAACGAUCCUGAUAGGCUGGGACAAUGAAAAGCCGGCCGCCCGGGCUGUUGCCGAAGCGUUGCCUUUGCUGGCGGCGGCCGACAACGUGCACAUUCUCUGCGUCGAUCCCGAUGCCGUGCCGCAACGCGAUGGCGAAGCUCCGGGCUGGGAUCUGGCGACCUACCUUGCCCGGCACGGCGUCCAGACCACGGUCCACACCCAGCCAAGCGGCGGUCACCCGGUGGCGACGGUUCUCGCCGAUUUCGCCGAGGAUCUGGGUGCCGACGGCCUGGUGAUGGGCGCCUAUGGCCAUUCGCGGCUGCGCCAGAGACUGCUCGGCGGCACGACGCGCAGCCUGAUCGAAACCGGCAAACUGCCGAUCCUGAUGGCCCAUUGA